UUGUUUAUUUUAUUUUGGGUCUAAUGAACUGUACAGUGUUGAGGUACAUAGAUGAUAAACUGUAACUUUAGAUGGUCUUCAAUGAUGAGGAAUCAGUGACUAAAUGAUGUCGUGGGGAACACAUUUGAUGUUGGUCAAGUUCCCUUGUGCUUCUGACAGUCUCAUUUUUGUGAUUUUGAGGCUGGACAUAUUAUGAGCAGAAAUCAAUAUUAUUGUUAUGACAUAAAGAACAUAGAUUUUUCAAGUAUAAGAAAUGCCUGAAGGCCUAAUUUGGUUAAAAACCAUUACUGUCAAUCUAUACUUCUACAUGGUAAAAUUUUGGAGCAACUUAAAUGGUCGGCUAGUGGGGAUACAGGCAGGUCAGGCAGAAGAAAACUCAAGGUGUAUUUUCAUGCCCUGAUGUCAUGUAAUCUUCAGUUCUUCAAACCAGCUUCCUGGAGAUGCAAAUAAGGAAGUGAUGCCAUAGCUAUGGUAUUUCUAGUUCCGGGACAUGAGUAAUUUGUACUUUCUAAUGCCACGACAGCUAUCAGAAUAAAACAGAAAUCAGUUGAAAAAAUUCAUCAUGAGCCUAUAUAAUCGGGAAAGAGAAAGACCAAACUCAGACAUUGGGAAGAAACACAUCUGCUCCAUGCAAGAAUUGAAUGUGCUAAAUGGUGGAGAAUCUGAUUGACCUUUUGACUCUCAUGAAUUAACCAUCCGCUCCCAUCUCAAGACAAGAGGCCAGACAGCCUACUGGACUGCUUCGACUAUUUUAAGAGGUCAAUGCCAUGCUAGAAAAAAGAUCGCCGUCUACACAAUUGCCCACAAUCCAAAAACUCUCUCCUAGAUCCCGACUUAGAAACCAAGUGUGUAGUUCAAGAACCAACUUUGCCGCUGUCAUCCAAUAAAGCUACAUAGUAGCCAAUUUUGGGGCUGUUUGAUGAUAAUGAAACUAACCAGCAAAAAGCAUUAAUGCUUCAAAGACCAAUGUACCGAUUGAGGUACAAUAAAGUUAUAAUUCAUUAGUUACUCUAAAUGUUUGCCAAAUUUGAAAAAAUCCCGAGGUUAUUUAUAUUCAUUGGAAACCCCCGCCUACAUCAUCAUUCAAGAUUUCUUGGCCCUAUUGGCCAUAUAAUUUGUAUAAAUGAAACUUCAUCAAUGCCAGGGAAUGGACUGCACUAAGUUGUGGAUACUGUUGUAUUCCUACUUGAAUGAAAUAAAAAUGACAAGAUAGCUUAAAGAUUGAAAGUACAACUAUUUUCUAUAUGUAUCUUUGAGAUCGAGUAUGGAAUUCUGUUUACUCACUUUAAAUUGAGUAUCAAUGGAGAAUUGUAAUUGUUGCAACUUGCAAGUUAGGUGAUGGCUCUUUAAACUGAUCUUUUACUUCCUGGAUUUGUAUUUUUGGCAUUGGUUCAGGCUUUUGCGACCAUCGUAAUGGUUCACUUCAUAUUGAAGGUGAGAACAUAUACAAUUUAUGUUUGGGUACAUGGUCAGAUUGGUGUAGCACAGGUCCUCCCUUUGCGAUGGAAUAAGGAUCUCCAACAUGUUUUAGAUACAAACCCUAAUCGAACAUUAUGAAACAAUGUCUUGACAUGCCACGUGGCAUGUCGUUUUUUAUAUGUUACUAAAUUUUCAACACCCGAUUCGCACUUCUCUUACACUCGUACAUACCAUGAUGAAGCAGUAGUAAACAAUAUAGUUCACAGUAAUCUUGUUGCAAAUAGCUAUUCCUCAUUCAAAGAUUUCACUAAAAAUAGUCAAAACGGAAUGUAAAAUAGGUAUUUCUUUGAAAAAUAAUGGAAUUAUAAAAGAUAAAGUUAUAAUGAUGAGAUUCAUGGUACGAGAGCUAGCAAGGGAAAGGAUUCGUUGGUUGUGGAGGAAGGAACAAUAACUAAGUCACGAACAAAGAAGGUUAAAGAAGCCAUGGAAUUACUUGUUCAAGUUAUGGUGAAUGAAACAUCGAUCAGAAUGAGCAAAAGGACAAGUUUUAUAUUGGGCAUGGAAGAAGGAACAAGAUGGAUUAACUUGGUUCAAGCAACAGACAGAAGAGCUGAACAAGGAAGCUGUGCGACCACAUGGUACAUCUAGGCAUUCGGCUGCAUGCCUCCAUACUGAGACCACACUGAAGGCUGAAGAAAGGCCUAUGCGAUCGCAUGCUAUACACCUAUGUAACUGCAGAAUAAAAAUUGUGAUGCGAAUUUUUCAAAUUUUGCGUAGAUUUCUAUUUUGGUUAAAACUCUUUUUUAUGGUAUCUUUUUGAUAUCUUUAGGCUUAAUUCCAUUUUAAUUAGGCUUUUUAUGAGUUGCCUAUAAAUAUGACUCAUUCUUUUCAAAGACAAUUUGAGAGAUGUUAUUGUGAGAAAUAUUUGCUUUCAAAUCGUUCUCUUUUGAAUUAAUUUUGAACUUGUCAAGGAUUAAUUUCUUAUGAUGUUCAUCAAUUCAAGUAAGGUUCGUAAUUUUUGUGAUCAUCAAGAUAUUGUUUGCGAUUGUCGUGGUUCUUAUCGGGUUGAGCUUUUCCAAAUAUUGAUUAUUGGCUUUCUUGGGUUUGAUAUAAUUUGUUGUGGGUUUCGUAGCUUCAAUUGCCACUUGGGUUCGCAUCAUAUAAUAUAUAACAUUUUAUUCGACAGCCCUGAUUUGUCUAUUACUUCUUGUCAUGCUCAUUUUAGGGCCUCAUAGCACGGUCACACUUCAAAUUGGAUUUCUCUACUUAAGAUAUGUCGCAGAUCCAAAGACAUUAUGGAGUUGGUACGAGCCGUACUUGAAAGAUGACGAGGAAUUCUCUCCUGGUUCUAAUGGCCGAAUGAGCACGAUGGGUGUUUAUGUGCGUGACUUGCUUCUUGGACAGUAUUACUUUGACACUCUUUUUCCCCGCAUCCCAGUUCCUGUAGUGCGAACUAUUGUAGCCAAUCUGGAAAAUAUGAAGCUACCUACUAAACAUUGUGGCGUUACUGGUGAGACCACCCGUGGAUCUGAGGAAACUGCUCGUAGGCCACCUUCUGUCAAAGCUGCUCUUUCUGUUUCCUUCGGUCAACGUGCUCCUCAUCGUGCGACAACUAGGGAUUCAUCUCCUGUUCGCCGUACGCUGCCAUCGUCUUCUUAUGAUAGGGAUGGUGAUUCAAGACGGUCCCCAAUGCGUAGGAGCCAGAGCCGUGAUUUAUCCGAUCUAGAAUAUUCGGACAGGGACAGAGGCAGAGAAAGGGACAGGGAUAGGGAUUACUUCCGUGACCGAGGCAGGGACAGAGAUAGAGAUCGGGAAAGGGAUAGGGAUUACUCCCGAGACCGAGGCAGGGACAGAGAUAGAGAUUGGGAAAGGGGGAGAGAUCGAGAACGUGGAAGAGACAGAGAUCGGGGGUAUGAUUAUGAUAGAAGGUCCAGAGAUAGCUAUAGAAGGGAUUAUGAGAGGAGCAGCCGUGACGGUGAUUGCUAUGCCAGAGAAGGUAGUUAUUGCCGGAGUCGAAGUCGCAGCAGAAGCAGGAGUCAAAGCAUGCACGAACGGAGUCGUCUGAGUCCUGCCAGAGACAUAAACAAAGAAAAGACAUCUGCAUGCAGUAAUUUGGCCAAGCUUAAAGAUCUAUAUGGUGACUUGAGCAACCAAAAAGAUGACUUGAGCAAAGACAGUGGACCUAACAGGUCUAGUGGUACUGAGGAAGUGAUAAAACUUGGUGGUUCCAGUUGGAGGUAAUCUUUUUCAAUAAUUUGAAAUUGAGCAGGGGACAAAAUUGUUAUUCAGAUGUUCGAAUACAUCUUGUAUCGGAUAUAGACAAUAUCCUUUUUCAGCUCAUUUUUACAUCCGAAAUCGAAGCCGGAUAUCCAUGUGAACGUCAUUUAUGCUCACAUCUUUGAUGAGGGAAGUGAUGCAUGUAUAAUAGUAGACAAUUUGUAUGGUAUUUCAUUAGAUUAAUUGAAAUUUUAUUUUUAUUUUUAUUUUUA